AAAAAUCCAGCAUUUUGGGCGGAAAAGGAAACAGAGCCUCAACCGCUAGAGCACAUUUAGAGCAACACGGUUCCGCAUUGGGACCGUCCAGAGGCCUGUUUAGAGCUCCGUCCAGCGCACGCUCUUUGCCAACGAAGCGCCGAAUAGAAAACCCAGUGGGAAAACUGAAAACAGCGUCGUCCGUUAGUGCCGCAUCGGUUUUGACGCGUAAACUUGUUGGAUUGAGGAAGUUUGAGCGCGACUUUCGUCCAAUUUCGAUUCUUUUCGCGUUACGUGAAAAGUUGCGGACGAACACAUGAAACGCGCCAGAAUGAACCUGUUCGGUUUGCUGCGAUUUUGUUUUUUCCUUAUUUUGUGUUUUGAGGGCCGACAGUGCGACGAUGAGUCUCUGGAGGCGAAAAUGCGAUUGGAUCCCGAUAUUUCUCAGUUUUACUCCCUCAUCGAAGGCUGCCAAAUUUGCAACUUCACCCUGAUGUAUGAGCCUCUAACAGUCUUCGCCCCCAUCAAUGCCGCUUUCCAAAAAUUGGUCGGCGUGCCUGAAGAUCCAGAUUCAUUGGCGCAGUACCACCUAACUAAUAUCCCGAAGAGAAUUGAGCAACUUGGAGUUUCUUACACGUCGAUUAAUACGCGACUGCCUGGAGGUCCCCCGAUUUGGAUCACGAUCAGCCCUGGAUUGUAUCACGAUGCAGUUUACAUUAAUAAUGCACGACUGCUCCCUAAACAGUCGAAUAUAAUCGGCACUAAAUCGCAGAGUCGGGGAAGUCCCUUUACUCAGAUACUCCAUAAAAUUGAUGAGGUGCUGGUGCCUACCAGGUCGAGUGCCACUUCAAGAGCUCAAGUUUUUAACCCAAACGCUUGGGAGUUUCUCGAGAAUUACGAGUCUUUGAUCCAGGGAACGCAUAGAGUGAGAAACUUUCGCCAAAAGGUGCAGCAAUACAAGAGGGAAAGCAUUUUCAGGACUGAAGGAGGACAUACAUUUUUCAUUCCUGUUGAUGAAGGAUUCGCGAAUAACCGAGCUGGCCUCAUAGACGACUACAUAAUUGAUGGGCAUGUGAUUCCAAGGGAAGUUCUAUUUACCACGCCCACCAAGAAGGAUUCGCCAUUCCCUACUCUAGCGAACAGCGAUAAUGUUAUCCGGGUGAUAAUUUCCUUCACACAAGAACAACGAGACAAAACCAUUAUAAAUUAUGUCAAGUCGCAUACGCUCUUCGGCGAUGGGAAACAUCCUCAAGGAGUCGUUUUGGCCGAGAUUGUUAAAGCCAACAUUCCGGUGAAGAAUGGCGUCAUUCAUCUUAUUCACAAGCCCUUGAUGAUUGUGGACAGCACGAUAAAGGAACUUUUGCAGGAAAACAUGGACUACAUAUGCAACGUAGGGAACGUUCAGAGAAUGGAAAAUAUUUGGGACGAAACUCCGAAGAUGAUUUCAAGGUUUUCACGCCCAAAUGCGUAUUACCCUUACGAUCCCCGUAUAAGAUUCGAUGAUAAAAAGCUACGAACUGGGCCAGGCGCAGCAGUUUAACGCCCAACUGAACGCAACCAACAAGAAGUUCACUUACUUUAUUCCCAGUAAUAAAGCCUGGCAAACCGCCCGAGUAAUGAUGCCCUCGGCAAUUAAGAAACUUUUCAUGGAGGAUUUUUCGUACCACGCAUUCACCACUCUGCAGCGCCAUCUGGUUAUAUCGGACGAUGUCUUCACCAUGGAGCGGAUCAAGCAACUGACCAAAGCUAAGGAACUGAACCAGACUAAUCGGGCGAAUCUUCACGAACCACUUCCAAUAUCCCUGCCCACUUUAAGGGGCUCGUUGGAGAUUUUUGUUGAGGAGAGGAAAGACAAUAGUUUACAACGCAAUUUUGGCUCAGCGUACGUAAUCCACUGGGAAGAACUGCGUAUUCCGGUGUUCCGCCCGAAUGUCGAAUGCACCAAUGGGAUCAUCCACGUGAUCGAUAUGCCAUUUUUGAAGAAAGGCGACAUUGUGGUUAGCAGCUCGAGCCUUAACACAGCAUCGCUGAUUGGAGCCGCAUUGGCCGUCCUGUUCGCCCGACUUUUGGCCGAGUAAUUGCCCGAGCCCCAUUUGCACUGAUGCGGGUUGGACAAACUCAAAACUGAUUUUAGGCAUUUUUUCUGUACUGCAGGGCGAUUAGUUAGUGGGCGAAGCUGCAUUUUUUAAACGCGUCAAUUUAACGAGUCGAAAUGUUCAAUAACUUCAUUCAGUGCAGCGUUUUAAACGAGCAGGGUAAACGUAUGGGGCGUGGUUGGUUUAGAGUAGGUACUUUUAAGUUGCAAAAUGUUCCAAUAUUUUGUAAAUAAACUAUCGUGAUUAUCGUGAAUGUUCGUCAAAGGCCUCAUCAUAUACGAGAAUACUGUCUAGUAAACUAGCUACUUUAUGCACGUGAAGAAGCUAAAUUUUUUUCCAAGACUGCACUCUAGUAGCAUUGAGGACGAUUGAAAGUAUGAAAGUGAAAUGGAACCCAGCAAGCACAACUGUUAAAUUGAACUUCCAAAUCAAAGUUUUAUAAAGUAAUCAUCGUUAAAUCAUCUGGAAGUUCUUGGUGCUGCUAAAGUAAACUAAGUAAAAAAUACAUUAUAAUUAAUUGCUUAACAAGACACGUAUUAGGCUUUGUUAGUAGCAAUUAAUAUACAUUAUAUGCUGUAUUUGACCAAACGAAAUCUAAUUUACUCGGUUAGUUAUCAUCCCUGAACAAAUUAACAUAAAAAAUAACAAUGUACCACUUCUAUUGAAAGUUAAGCUAUUUAACAAAUAUUUAUCCUCUUGAUGGAAAAUUAUAAAAUACAAACAAUUUAUCUUGCCUUCGGGAAAAUUAUAUAGAUGGACUGAAUCUAAUUGGAAACUAGUUAUAUUGUUAAGAUAGGUGUUAUAGAUAUAAUAAGAAAUUUUAAGUAAUAAUAUACAAUAAUUAAUGGAUGGAGAAUUUAAGGAACAGUAAUUAGCACAUCGAUGGCGCGACUGCUGAAUUCAAAAGAAAAUCUGUCUACAGGGUGUUCCGUAAAUAUGUUAAAAUAUUUUAACAGCGUGUUCUCCUAGUCAUUUUAGAGGGGGUUUCCGCUAAGAUUUUUUUUAAUUUGAGGUUUUGUUGUUGAGAUUUAAAACGCUUAAACAUAGAAACUUCAAUUUUGGUACACAUUAUAAGCUAAUUGAGUGCCAUUCUAUGGUAGUGUUUGGCAGUUCAGUUUACUUUUAUACAGGGUAGACAUGUGGAACCCCUGCAUUUGUUUUGUUCAGAACUGUUUUGUGUGCACCUAAACUUUUAUUAACAUAUUUUUUAAUUACUACUAGUUAUUUAUCAACUUUUUUUAUCCCUUAUUGUUUGUUGCUAAAGGCACUAGUUUGCCCGCAAAAAAUUAAAUCGUUUCGGCUUGAUCAAAACUUUCCAAGCCGUUAGAUUGGAAGAGGUCAAGAAGCUGCUAUAAGCUCGCCUCCCAGAUCUCCCGAUCUAAACGCGCUUGAUUUUUACGUCUGGGGCCAUUUAAAAAAUACGGUGUAUUCAACAGAAGUGAAUGCAAUCAAAGAACUUCAGGAAAGAAUAUUUAAUAUUUCUAAAGAAAUAAGAACUUCAGUGCAAACUUUACGGUCUGUAAAUUUUGGGUUCAUUAAAAGACUGCGAUUAUGCCAAGAAUGUCAAGGUUCUUAAACCAAUCUUAAAAGCUGCUAAGUUGACUUUAGAAUGAUUAUUUAAAUUUAAUUUUGUUUGCUUAUAUCGUUGCGCAUAUUGUUACCAUGUUACUAUUUAAGUAAAAUUUAUUCAAACUUAAUAAUUGUAAUCUGAAUCUAAAUACACAAUUUAGAAAACUAAUUUAGGUUAUUAAUAAUCAACUAAUGAUGCGUACCAAAAUUAUUAUAUGAAGACGUUACUGGAUUUAAAAAAUUAACUUAAUUACUUACGCAUGUUGAGAACGGCAAAGAAAACGAUAUAUCUGAACAUCGAAACCUCAAAUUAAAAAAAAUGACUAGAAGAACACGCGGCAAAAAUAUUUUAACAUAUUUAGGGAACACCCUAUUUAUAUGUUUUAUACGAGUUGUUCUAAAAUGAUGAUGCCUAGUAGCGAUAACUUUUCGAGGAAAUAAUUAGUCUAAAAUCGCUAUCGCUUAAAGCAAAAUCAUUAUAAAGCCGAAAAUUUUCCGCCGUUGUGCUAGUUAUUUGAAAAAAAUUACCACAUAAGCAUAUGCAAAUUCCAGUUCAACAUUUUUCGCAUUGCUGUUGUUCUGCUGAAGAUAUUGUGGCUCGUUAUAUCAUGCGGAAAACGCUUUGAUGCUUCCACGUCUGUUUUUCGACUGUAAAUGACGAGUUUCUCACUUUACCUUAAUCAUUCCAGCUGGUUUAAGUCAUUCCACCGCUUGUCCAUGUGCUUUUAUACAUAUUGCCGCAUUCAUUCAAGCUGUUAGGGCUGUACGGCCCAACUAGUUCGACAUAAUUAUGUACUUUAAUUCUGCCCUGUACAUAAGGUGUGAUUGUAUAAAAAAUCAAUGUUUAUAUUUUAAAGUUAAGUCGAAAGUUUAAACACGUCGCUGCUGUAGUUUUUGCGAUUUUCCCAACAGAAGCUUACGUCCGGACUUUGAGCUUGCCAGUUCCAUCCAGGAGAUCCACGCCGAUCUUCUUCACCUAAUUUAGAUAUUGGAAACGCUUCAGGCUUCUGUUCCAGAUUGGCCAGGGAAAUUUGCUUUUCAAAAUUGAUUGCAAAUGUAUUUUGUCGGUGUUUUGUGAAUUGUUGAUAUGGUUAGCUCUUAUGGUGCAUCUCUAAGUGACUACUUUUGUAAUUAACAAAUGUAUGAUUUAAAUAAAUGAAUUUUAUUUCCUUU